UGCGGGGGGCGGGUUCGGCGUGGCCCUGCGGUCCUACCCACCGAGAAGGCCUGGCGCCUCCUCGCUCGCCGCCUCUGCAGGCACCCGGGGCCCGCAGGCUUCAAGCCCCCAGCGCUAGCCCGCUUCGUCCGUGCAGGAGACCGCCGCCGGGUGCCUGCAGGCGGGUUGUCCCUGUUUCGAGCUGUCAUCCGGGGCUGGAGCGUCAGCCUCCGCCCUGACAUGUCAUCUAGAAACAGCUUUCUUGGUUGUUGUUGUUGUUGUUGUUGUUUAUGUUGAAGCUUGCGAGGCUUUCUGUGCGGUCAGCGCCCCCAAACACGCUUUUUGUAAACAACUCAAAUCAAGGGUUGUGAAGUGUGGUCACAGUUGCGUGCAGUCCACGCUCCUGAACUCUUGUUUCUAUAGGUAACAUAAACCAAUAGUUGUGAAAUUGGGAGAUCCCUUUGGUAGCCUCCAAAGUGUAAAAUCUUGGCAAGGAUUUUCGCUCAUUCAGUUGCUUGGGAACAGGUUUGGCUGGAAGCAACAGUGUUCAUCUCCCAACAGAACCUUUUGAUAGAACCUUUGAUAGAAUGCUAAUAAUGUAAUUAAGUUAACUAUACAGUAAAUGAUCAGAAUUAAAGAGAAACUCAAGUGUUAGACACUGAAGCUUUUGAGUCAUUGAAAGUUAAGGAGGAAGGGAAAAAAAUUAAACUAUUGCUACAUUAUAUUGCCUGACUAAUCAUACUUUUUCAUGCUGCCUAAUUUUAAUACCUGAAGGUAAUCCUGAAUUUACUAUAGUUCUGUAGUGUUUAAUUAUAAAUAUAACAUGUAAAUGGCUUGGCUAUGUACCAGGAAAAUUAUUCAACUAAAUUAUUUACAUGAUUUGUCUAUUUUUUAAAAAGACUUCUUCAGUUUUAUUUUUCUUCAUAAAACGUACUAACAGGUUAUAAAUUUAGCUGGCCCUCUCCAUCUCCUCCCAGAUUCACCUUCCUGGUCCCUGCCCACUCAUCUUUGUGUCUUCAUUUUGAUUGUUUUAUUUAAUUAAAAUAUAGUUACCUUAUUUACUCCCCUUCCAAUAUUCUCAGAGCCAUCGCCUCUUUCUCAUCAUUAUCCUUAUGUGUGUGUGCAAAGAAUGCAGAGAUGCCAGCUCUAGAAGUCUGUUGAAUGUUGCUCGUAUGCGUAGAUUUAUAGGACUGACCAUUUGGUGUUGUAUAACCAGUUAGUGGGCUUGGGCUUGUCCUUAUUGGAAUACUGAUAAUUUCUUCAAAUCUUUGAAAUUGUAAUUAAUUUCCUGUAUCCUUAUUAAUUUAGAUUUUAGAGCUCUGUCACUGUUAAUUAAAUACAGUUGGAUGUGUUUGGAGUAGUCAGCUAAUGUAGAACACCUAGGCUUAAGAGAAAAGCCGCCCAAUAGUUUCCUUAGAACUUCUACAGCCUCCCCACAUACUAAGUGAAAGUUCAAGGCAGACACUAGGAGAUGUCAGAAGACUCAGAGGAGGAAGACUAUUCAGACAGAAGUAUCAGCGAUGAUGAUGAAUCGGAUGAGGUUGCGUUUGUGAAAUUUGUAAGCGAUGAUAUUCAUCGGUGUGCACUGCUAGCAGAUUCUAUUGGUGACCCAUUCUUCCCUCGAACUACACAGAUUUUAUUGGAGUAUCAGCUAGGAAGAUGGGUACCACGCCUCCGUGAACCACGGGAUUUAUAUGGUGUCUCUUCUUCUGGUCCACUGAGCCCAACACGGUGGCCAUACCACUGUGAGGUCAUUGAUGAAAAAGUCCAGCAUAUUGAGUGGACUCCUUUUUUUCCUGAGCCGGUAUAUGUCCCGACGGGCAUGGAAAUAGAACCUGUUUACCCAAACUCCAAGGAAGAUACUGUGGUUUAUCUAGCUGAAGACGCUUACAAAGAGCCCUGUUUUGUGUAUUCCCGCGUUGGGGGUAACCGGACGUCCUUGAAACAGCCUGUGGAUAACUGUGACAACACUUUGGUGUUUGAAGCGAGGUUUGAGAGUGGUAAUCUACAGAAGGUAGUCAAAGUGGCAGAUUAUGAAUAUCAGUUGACUGUGCGCCCAGACCUCUUCACAGAUAAGCAUACUCAGUGGUACUAUUUCCAGGUCACUAACACCCAAGCAGAAAUAGCCUACAGAUUCACUAUUGUCAACUUCACCAAGCCCUCUAGUCUUUACAAUCGGGGUAUGAAGCCACUGUUCUAUUCUGAAAAAGAGGCCAAAAUCCAUAACAUUGGCUGGCAGAGAAUAGGAGACCAAAUCAAGUAUUAUAAAAACAACCUUGGACAAGAUGGGCGCCACUUUUUUUCUCUUACAUGGACAUUUCAGUUUCCACACAGCAAGGAUACUUGCUACUUUGCUCACUGCUAUCCAUACACUUACACCAACCUUCAAGAAUACCUUUCUGGCAUCAACAGUGACCCAGUAAGAUCAAAGUUUUGUAAAAUACGUGUCUUGUGCCACACACUUGCUAGGAAUAUGGUGUAUGUCUUGACAAUCACUACUCCCUUGAAGAACAGUGACUCAAGAAAGCGCAAGGCUGUGAUUUUGACUGCAAGGGUUCACCCAGGAGAGACCAACAGCUCUUGGAUCAUGAAAGGCUUCCUAGAUUAUAUUUUAGGAGACUCGAGUGAUGCACGGUUGCUUCGGGACACUUUCAUCUUCAAGGUGGUACCCAUGCUGAAUCCAGAUGGUGUGAUUGUGGGAAAUUACCGAUGUUCUUUAGCUGGACGGGAUUUAAACCGUAACUAUACAUCUCUCCUGAAGGAAUCUUACCCUUCUGUUUGGUAUACAAGGAACAUGAUCCAUAGGUUAAUGGAGAAACGAGAAGUUAUUUUAUAUUGUGAUCUUCAUGGCCAUAGUAGGAAACAGAACAUUUUCAUGUAUGGCUGUGAUGGUAGCAGCAGAUCUAAAACAAAAGGAUUAUACUUACAACAACGAAUCUUCCCACUUAUGCUGAGCAAAAACUGCCCAAAUAAAUUUUCCUUCUCAGCUUGCAAGUUUAACGUUCAGAAGAGCAAGGAAGGGACAGGAAGGGUUGUGAUGUGGAAGAUGGGCAUCAGGAACAGCUUCACCCUGGAGGCCACCUUCUGCGGAUCUACUCUUGGUAAUAAACGAGGCACCCACUUCAGCACAAAAGACUUAGAGUCAAUGGGAUAUCAUUUUUGUGAUUCUCUAUUGGACUACUGUGAUCCUGACCGGAGCAAGUAUUUUAAGUGCCUGAAAGAAUUAGAAGAAAUGGAAAAACAUAUGAACUUGGAAAGAGGCUUUGACGAUUCAGAUACUUCUCUAGUAGAAAUAUCGAUGGAUGUGGAGUCUAGUAGUCGAGGCUCUGACAGUUCAGAGUCCAAUGACACUCCGACUUAUCUUCUCAAGCUGACCUCUCAGGUGAAAAACAAGAAAAAGUAUCUGAAAACAAAGAGGGAAAGAAAUGCCACCCUAGCAAAGCGCCGGAAUUACGCAAGAGAGGUUUAUGGUAAAGAACAUUUGCUCCAAAGACACGAAGGAUCAAACUCUGAUGUGAAAGGAGCUCAUCUUCUAACUGGGGAAGAAAAGCAAGUAAGCAAGCUCUGUGUUGCAGAUCCAAGGCCAACUGUACCGGAUGUUUAUGUGGCUCAUUGUUUCAGAAGACCAUUGCCUAAUCAAGGCUUGGUGAAGAUUCCUGGACAUAGCUUUUAUGCCCGAAAAACGCACCCAAGCUCCCAACGUGUGAGUCAGAGUCUUAUCAAAGACCAACGGACAUAUAUUUUAGAAACUUGUAAGGGUCCAAUCCAGGAAGCAGUUCAGUCCAAAGGAAUCGACAUGUAUGAGAGUUGUUUCAAAGUGGCAUCCUUGAAGUGUCCUGUGAACAAACAAACUUCAAAUUGGAUUGAGAAGACAAGAAUACCAACAGAGUCACAUCAUGAACUGAAGAGUAAAGUAAAAAGAUGUGCAUCUUUCCAAAGCAAGAGGACCGGCACAAAUUGGACAGAUGAUGAAAAAAGAAUCUACAGGGAUAAAAGAAUAGCUCAGACCCAGGAAAUACUACAGUAUUUACUCCCUAUCGUGGAAUCCUCUAAAAGCAUGAAAUCUACUCAAAUGAAAGACCUAUUCACUUCAGGAGCCGACUUCCAGCAACAUCAACUCGUUCCAACUGCAUGCAUAAAUAUAAGAAGAUACAGCCUACCUUGGACACCAAGCAGAAAGCUCCCUUUGAAAACCGGAAGGAAUCUUGUGACAGAUACCCCAGAAUGGCUCCAGCCUGUGCCCCAGAGAUCACUAGAAUGUUUAUCACCCCUCUGCCGUCUUCAGAAGAGGAAAAAGCAUUCUGAACUCUGGGCCAGACACACUGAAUAUAUGAUGAAUAUAUAUGGCCGCAAACGGGAAACUAUUCCCUCAUGUCCUAAAACGGAUGCCAAUGCUAUCAGUGGUAACAGUCUUCAGCCUGCAGAAUCCACCCUGAAGAACUCUGAGCAGACAGUUCCUCAUCUAACUAAAAGCAACAAGAAACCAAAUGAGAGUAACGGCCCUCUCACCUUGCAUCUGAAGUUCCAAGGCAACAGUUAAUCAAGCUGAAAGUGCUUCUGGGAACUGUGGCUAAUGGAGAUGCUCCGACACAGUAAAAAUCAGCAGCCCCUGCCCUCCCUGCCCUGCCCUGCCCUGCCCUGCCCUGCCCUGCCCUGCCCUGCCCUCUUCACACGCAUAUGUGGGUAUGAACUACAGAUUUUACCUAUUCCAUCUUCCUUAGAUGAAACAUCUUUCAGAGACUUUAAAAAAUCCAGAGGAAAUAUAGAAAAGUUAAAAAACACAUAUAUUUAAUUUGUAUCAACAUGGGAAAAAGCUUGAAAUUUUUGAUUUCUUGCAAAAUUAUGUGUGUAUAUAACAAAAAGAAACUAAGACUUGAAGAAAGGAAGAACAUGCUAUUAAUGAUUUCAGUCACUUUGAUGAACCAGCGGUCAUUUUCCGUGUCUCUUUUAUAUAGUUGGUGUGCUAGAAAUAGCACAGGAGAAAUAAACAAUGUUUCUCCCUUCUAGAAGAGCAUCAUAUAAUUGUUCCCAUGAACACACAGGAUAGCUGGGCAUAGGGCACACGAUAGUAAUCCCAGCAUUUGGGAAGUAGAGGCAGAGGGAUCAGGGAUCCAGGCUUUUAAAUGUUGGGCAACAUUUAAAAGCAGCAAGAUAAAUAUUAAUAAUAACUGAAUAGUAAAACAGUAAUCUAUGUACCUCCAGUUAAUGAAAUAGCACAUAUCAGAAGAUGCUAACUGUACAGAUCAAAGGGUGGAACCAAAGAACAUGGAAAUAUAUUAUGGUUUCAAAGUCAUUUUACCUCUCAUAAUUAAACAAAGUUUUAAAUGAUUAGAAAUCCCCCUUCUCCUAGAUCAGCAAGUGCACGCCUCCAGCCUUCACUCAACUGGGUAUUUCGGAAAUAAGUCCUACACCUCACUUUAGUCUUAAGGUGGUGAGCAGUUAAGCUGUGGGGUGGGUGGCACACGCUAUACUCCCAAGGGUUUAGGAGCCUGACUCAAAGAUCAUAAGUUCAAGGCUUGUCUGGGCUACAACGUGAGUUCAAGAGUGGCCCCAGCAACCUAAUGAAUGCUGUAUCCAAACAAAAGACUGAAACAGCACGGAGGGAAACGGAGAGUGUAGCUCGGUGACAGAGAGCUACCUGCCGAGUGUGGGGAGACCCUAGUUCACACCCCAGUGUCACCCGAAAAUAAAAAUAAUACAGUGAGUAUGAGGAGGGAUUCCCGCAACAGGUGUAGCCAGUGUGUCAGUCAGGACGAAGGCGAGCGAGUGAGGAAGCAGCCCACCAGGCCUGGGACUCUAGAGGCACGGGAGACAUGACAUAGGUCUAAGCGGGAUAAGGAGGCUCGCGGUCAGUGUUUCCAAUAGCCAAAAGGGCCUUGAGAGCUCACUGCUGUGUUAAGAGAAUAAUGCGAUUUGUAGGGAGCAUUGACCAUAAAUUUCCUCGCGAACCCUUACACAUGGCAGGGAGCAACUGUGUUCCUCAGUAAGAAGGACUGUGUUUGGGGGGGCGGGUAGGUAUCUGGGUUCUCAGAGAGGUCCCUAAUUUCUUUCCUGGGAAUUCUUACCCUGGUAACUGACACCAUGGAGGAGUACGAGCUUUCAGAGUCAGUUUGCCCCUGUUCUCAUAAACCAGGGAAAGCUAAACUGCAUGCAAACCUAAAUUUUUCUAUUGAUGUUUGUUCUUUGAAACUUAGGUUAUAUGAAAGUCUGAGACUACAGACUCUGGAGUUGAGUGUCUUUGUGCGUAUAACCACAGUAACAUGCUGGCUCCUUUGAGUGUGCAAGCUGAGGUGUGUGGAGGUAUUUCCUUGAUCAUUUCACCAUUAUCCUUUCCCUUAUAAUCCCCUAUAUUGUAUCAUUUUUAAUGUCAGACUACAUUAUUUACUCUGGUGUGUGGGGGGAUGUGUGAACGCUCAUGCACCACUGAGUCACGGAUGCCACAGUACACAUGAGGUCAGAAGACAAUUUGCUGGAUUCCGUUCUCCUACCACACGAGUGCAGGGACGGUACUCAGGUGGUCAGGCUUGGCAGCAAGUGCCCAUACCCACUGAGCCAUCUAACAAGCCCUCCACUUGUCUCUUAUUUGCUAUAAAUACCUGGCAUGUGGAGUACGAGAUUAUAUGUGGACCGUUUUCAACUCUGCUUUUCACGUUAUAAUAUUUAACUUUGAAUUUUCUAAGUAUGUCACUCUUCCAUAAAGGCCAUUCUGUCUGCUCUUUAUCAUAUAAGCCUAGCAGUACAACUGGAAAGCCUCUGCUAGUCCUUGAAGAUUGAACUCAAAUGUACCCUUCUCUGGAAUUCCUCCACUAGAUCUCCCGGGAAUUCAUAGUAACUAGGUUAAUAUGCCAAGACGUGGAGUGGAUUGAGUGGGCGAUGUGAGAAGGGAUGGGUAAUACAGAGAGCUGUAAACUCCUAGGAAACAAAUGGAGCGGCUCAGAACUUAAAAGACACCAGUGAAUGCUGAGCUCACCCAUCACUUAGGUACAGGUGAACCUUUCUCCAUUUAGGAUGAUGUUGGCUGCGGGCCUGUCGUACACAAACUUUAUCCUGCUGAGCUAUUUCCCUCCAGCCCUACUCUGCCUAGGACUUUUAUCAUGAAGGCAUGUUGGAGUUUUCCUGCACCUAUUGAGAUGAUCAUAUGAUUACUGUCUUUAAGUCCAAUUAUAUGACUUAUUAUAUUUACUGAUCUAUAUAUUAUUUUCUUUCCUUUAAUUCCUACUCAGGUUUUUAUUAUAUUUUCCAUCUACUGGAUUUGGGGCUGAUUUGUUCUUGUUUUUCCAAAUUCUUGAGUUGCAUCAAGUUGUUUAUUUGUGUUCUUUCUGAUUUCUUAGUGUAGGUUCUUAGAACUGUAGUUUUCCCCCUAAGACUGCUUGUAAAGUGUCUCAGAGGUUCUACUGGGGCGUGGCCUCUUAUACUAUAUACACGGAUGCAGAGCUUGCAUCCGCCCCCUUUUUCCCUCCCUUUCGCACACUGCUCGGUUGGAUUGUUGGAUUGCGGGAUUCGAUCUCUGUCCACCGUUCAAGCAGAGAAUUCUGAUUUGUGAGUUUACCCCUAAAUAAAUAUCUAUUUCUCAAUUCUGA